UGUACGCGCGUGUUGUAAUUUCGAACUGCAGGCAAAAGAGCAAAAAAAGGACAACUGAAGGAAUUCGCUUUUUUUACAAAAGAAAUAAAUCCUUUUUAACAUAAGGGACCCAUUGCUCGGGACAGAAUAGAGGACAAAUAAAUAAAAUUAAAAAAAAGUUAAUUUGAUUUUCUAAAUCAAAAACCUCAAGCAGCCACUGGUGGAUAAAAAUUUACAGAAAAUAAAUUCUAGUGAUUUUGAAAAAAAAAAUUAUUAUAAAAAGUUUCGCUAAUAGUUUUUGUUAUUGCAAAGAAAAUUCUCAAGAAUCGAAUUAAACAUAAAAUGAAGUCUAAGUAGCAGUGAAUGUGAAAAAUUAUAUAAAACAGUGUAGACGACAUCGUGUCCUCUAUGUAUCUAUGAUUAUAAAUCUCCCUCCUCGAGAAGUAAAACAAACAACGAAAUCAUCUACUCAUCAUUAAAAUAAAACAACUCAGUCAGCUAGUCAGUCAGUCGAUAGAAAAAAAAAAAUACACAGGUCAGUCAGCCAACGGCCAUUUAACAUAAUUGAAAAUAGACGAACGUUUUUGAAUUAAAUAAAUCCCAAAGAGAGAAACAUUCCAGAGAGGAGAUCCCAAGCCCCAUAAGAGCUGAGCAGAAUAUAGAAAUAAAGGUGGAUUGGAUUAGAGAUUAGUCGAAGAAGCGGAAGAGGGUGUGCACAAAGCGAGAGUGGAACAAUUUCAAAUUUCCACCAUAUCAACGUAAAUACCCGGCACUCAUCAUCAUCAUGGGUUUAGUUGACAAAAUGCCCUCAGAAAGUUUAACACGUACGCUACGAUCAUCUUCGGUCUCGUCUAUUGCAAGAGCCGCUGCUUUAAUUCUGUUGACAUCGUCAACACUGCUAUUUUGGCAACCAGUGGCUGCUCAGAGUAAUGCUGCACAGCAGCAAGUCUGUCCCGAGCAAAGUGAAAUAUCUCCCUGUGUGUGUACCGUGAAGAAGAAUGGCCUGGACAUUUUGUGCGAGACUACGGAUCUUAGUCACAUUACCAAAUCGAUGAGCACACUUAAGGGCAAAAGUCCCAUUAUUUUCUAUUUGAAGUUGCGCCAUAAUAAUUUGCCCAAGCUACAGGGUUUCCUAUUUUUGGCUUUGGACAUACGUCAUUUGACAAUUCACAAUAGCAGUUUGGCGGCCAUCGAGGAGAAUUCUCUCAGCUCUUUGGGUAAGGGUCUCACUCAACUGGAUGUUUCUCUGAAUCAAAUGAAAUCGGUACCAUCCACGGCUCUCAAGCAUCUCUAUCAUUUAUUGAUUUUGAAUUUGAAUCACAAUAAAAUCACUGUGGUUCACAAUAAUGCCUUUGAGGGUUUGGAUACUUUGGAAAUUCUUACGCUAUAUGAGAAUAAGAUAAACAAUGUGGAACCGGAAGCAUUCCGAGGCUUAGAAAAACGCCUUAAACGUUUAAAUUUGGGUGGCAAUGAGUUAACCAUAAUUCCCCAGCAGGCCUUGUCUAUUUUGGAUAAUUUGAAGAAAUUGGAAGUUCAAGAGAAUAAAAUCCGAAUUAUACGAGAAGGCGAUUUUGCAGGUCUUGAGAAUUUGGAUUCUUUGAUCUUGGCCCAUAACAUGAUUACUGAGGUUCCCGCCAAUGUAUUUUCUCAUUUGAAACUUCUCAACUCCUUGGAACUGGAGGGCAAUAAAAUUGUUACUAUUGACAAGGAUGCCUUUAAGGAUCUGGAAGAAAAUCUCCAAUAUCUUCGUUUGGGCGACAACAAUUUGCAGGCCAUACCCAGUGAGGCCUUGCGUCCUUUGCAUCGUUUACGUCACUUGGAUUUAAGAAAUAACAAUAUCAGCGUUAUAAGUGAUGAUGCCUUUAGCGGUUAUGGUGAUUCAUUGACCUUCCUUAAUCUUCAGAAAAAUGAUAUCAAGGUAUUACCUAGCAUGAUAUUUGAAAAUUUAAAUUCCCUGGAAACAUUAAAUAUUCAAAAUAAUAAACUAACCCGUUUGCCACAAGACAUAAUGGAGCACAUUAUCGAUACACUGAGAAUAAUUGAUAUCACAGAUAAUCCACUGACCUGCUCUUGCGAGCUAACAUGGUUCCCCAAACUGCUGCAGGAUCUCAAGAACAAGGACGAUGAAAUGGCCCAGAAAAAGAAACCGGUCUGCCAUAUGCCCGUCGAGAAUCGAGAGUAUUAUGUGCAGGCCAUGCCACUGGAGAAAAUGCACUGUGCCGGUCUGUCGGCGAGUGAAGCAAGUGAUUUACUGGACACAAAUGGUGUGUUGUUAUGGCGUUUACUGCCAGUAAAUAUGCUUGUGACGUUUUUGUGUACUUUUUAAAGGAAUCAUGUGGUGGAAGUGGUAAACAGACACUAAUCCAACUAUCACACCAAUAUGAACUCUAUGAGAAACACCAAACCAAACAAACAAAAAAAAAAAAGAAAAACAAACAAAAUUAAGCAAAACAAAAGAAAAUGUUGCAACAUUUUCCGUUCAACCGACAUCUACCAAUAGAACAACAACAACAACAAACAGCAACAAACAACUUGACUCAAAGAAAAUGAAAAAUAAUACAUAUCAAUAAUAGACUAAAAAUCUAAAGGAAGACAUUUUACAAAACCAAAGACAAGGCAAAACAAUUGUCAUAGAUAUAGAUAAGGAGCAUUGCUAUUGCUGUUCUCAACAAAAAAUAUGGAAGAUAUUCAUUUAUUUUAUUUUUUUUACUUCUUUUUUAAUUUUAUUAGUAUGUAGACAAAAUCUAUUUGUUUCCUUUUUGAUAAAUCUCUAUUACUAAUAUAGACAUUUAUGUGUAAGACAUCUCUUUGUGAAAUCACUUUAAAAAACAAAACAAAAAUUAUAAAUGUGCAAUUUAAUGUAACAUCUCUGUAAGGCUAAGUUAAUGUUUAAGUUUAAACUAUUUAUGGUAUAUAUAUACCAUAUACAUAUACACGCUAUAUACAUACAUACAUAUAUACAUGCUAGUUUGUAUGUAUAACAAUCAAGUAACUCCUAGGGAUAAAUGGUUGCAAAUUUUUGAAAAUAUUAACGUACCGAAUCACUUACUUUACACCGAUAACCCUAAAUUCAAAGAAAACCUUACUUUAAAGAAACUCUAUAUAUAUAUCGAAAGGCAUAUCAUUAGAUGUUAGGCAGAAGAAAACAACAUUAGCAACAUUAACUCGCAGUUAAGGGAUUCCGCAAAUGCUCACAGAAAAUACCCUGGUGAAAAAGAAUCCUUUUGAAAAUCUUAUCGAAAACAUAUCACUAAACUUAAGGUGGGAAAACCAACAAAAAUAACAUAAAAGGUUAUGUAUUGUGCAAGAUUAAUUAUUCAAGCUGGAUAUUGAAAUGUUGUACACAAAACUUAAUUAAAAUAAAUUUAAUGAAAAAUGACAACCAUGUCAACCAAAUAAAUUCCCUUCCCAUAGAAAUUAUUUACAAGCAUAUGCAUACAUUAUGUGCACCAAAAUAUUGUAAAAAAGAGGCAGUAACAAAACAGGACAAUUUUUGCGAUUUUCGGUAUCAAUUCAUAUACCAUUUUAAACUUUAAAGGGUUUCCAUUCCAAACUUCAUACAAAAUUGAUCUAUUUAACUAACCAUAAUAUUUCGGGGUCCUAUUAGUUGUCUUAGAAUGUGAUAUAAUGUGAAACAGAAGAUAUUUUGGAUUUUAUAUAUCAAUUCAUAUGCAAUCAUACAAUAUCAAUUCAUACACAAUUUAAUCCCCGAGACUAAAACGCUGGAGAGAAUUUUUAAAACAACCCAAACUCCAUACAAUUAUUGAUUGAAUAUAGCAAAAUCAUUAAGAAAAAAAACAGAAUAACUGUAACUUUUAUUUUUUUCGGAUAAAUGUUUUAUUUCAAGGAUAAUAGAAAGCACUCAAGGUGUACGCAAUUUUGAAGAGGACAUUUAACAAAGAUAGACGUAUAUUUUUAAUAUCGGAUAUCAAUUCAUGUUCUAUUAAAAAUCGUUGAAGAUCUUGUAUGCUAGUCUGUAUUAGGGGAUUGUAAUUCAAAUUUAAACAAAUUAAUAUUCAACGAAUUGAUAUAAUAUACAGUGGCACAGGAAAGUCUUCAUACCCAACCGAAAAAACAUGUUGUAAGAAAGGAAUUUUUCGAACGAAAAAGUUUUCUUGCCAAAUAUCGGUCGUUGCUAAAAUUUUUCGCCAUGGUUCCCAGUAUUAUAAAAAGUCAUUUAACAAUCUCUUCUUUGGGUGUUGCAUUCGCUUGGUCAUUAAGCUCGAGUUGAGGUAUCUGUGCCACUGUAUGUGUGAACAUUUGAAUUUAGCAUAUUUCAAGCUUAGGUAGAAGCAAUAGUGCCAAUGUAUAUAUGCAAGAGUUUAACAAUAAUUAAAUCAUAUUGAAGAAAGCGAAAAGAAAAUUUUAUUUUUUGAUUAUUCUAUGAAACGAAUUGCUAAUCAAUAUUUGAAUCAUAACUUCUUUGGAUUAUAAUGCCCAAUUUCGAAAAUAUGUUGCUUAUUUAAGUGUGCGGUAGUAAAUUGAAAUAAUAAGCCUAUAACAUAAAUGGAUCUUAACAAACCCAAAAUACCGAACUGUUAUUCAAUAUUAAACGAAUUUAUAUUCAACAUUGGACAUCAGAAUUUCUUUCUCCUAUUUAAAAAUUUCAUUGUUAUUUCAUGUGUACAAGAGUAAAUUGAAAUCAAAUUAAAAAUUGUAAUGAAUUUAAAUAUAUAAAUCAUACCAAACUCUAAAUGAUAGGACAAUUUUAGAGUAUUGUCCAGUCAAAAAUUAAACAAAAGUUUUUCUUUGUUUUCUAUCAUUCAUUAAAGAUUAGAAAAAAAUAGAAUGUUUCAAAUGAAAUUCUGAUUAAUUAAAUUGAAAUUCAAAAAAUAUUAAAAAUAUUUCAAAUGAACCUCAGAAUUUUUCAAUUGAAAUUUAGAAUAUUUGUGUAUUUCAGAACAAUUUUCCUUGAAUUUUAUGAUAUUUUAUAAAUGUUUUGGUCAUGCGAUCUGCAUUUAUUUAUUUUCUGAGAUUACAGAGAUCAUAACAAAUUAAUCUAUGCACCAAAAUAAGAAGAACAAUUAAAAAAAAUAAUAAUAAUUUAAAAAUAUACGAACAAUACAAUUUUGACAUAAGAAAGAAGAAAACGCCUAACGUCCAACACAGAUAUAUUGCAGGGAUAUGGCUUCUCCCUGAAUCAUAACAUCUUUAAAUUAUUACAUAGUUUAGGGAAUUUUUUUCUGAAUUUUAAUUAAAAUAUUCUGAAUUUCAAUUAAAAUACUCUGAAUUUUAAUUAAAUGUUCUGAAUGGAAAACAUAUUAAUUUCAAAUGGAAUAUCUGAACUUCAAUUGAAAUACCCUGAAUUUCAAAUGGAACAUUCUGAAUUUAAUAUAUCAGAAUUUCAAAUGAAAUUUCUGAAUAACAAAUGAAUUUCUAAAUUUAAAAUGAAUAACAAAUGGAAUUCCUGAAUUUCAACCCGAAUAUUCUAAAUUACACUUGAAAAUGGCGUAGAUUAAAUUUAAAUGAAUAUUGUAAACAAUAGAAGAAAUAGUUGUCAUAUAUAAGAAACAAUUUGGGAUAACAUUUAAAUCCUAGCGCUUUUGAUUUCACUUCAAACAUAAAUAAACAAUGUAUGAGAGCAAAAUCAUCAGGAAAUUAUAGGCAAUCGAAAUCAUAAAACCCCAACAAUUUUAAAGUAGUAUGGAAGGAUGUUCCUUGUCAUCAGGAAAAAUCCUGGGAGGGAAUUUUAUCCCUGAAUGGACUUUAGGCUCAUCAUAUAGUGAUUACUUGAGUGCACGGGCACAAUGGUAUUUCAGGAAACGAGUAGGCGAACCAAGGUCUCGUCCACGACGAACAAGCCACUCACAGGACUGGCAAUCAUGCCAUUUGUUGAGUUACUGAACAUAAUAUAGGAGAUGGCGAGGUGGUAAUCUAUACAUAUAUGCCGAACUACCAGGAACUCCGGUCUACCAUCGACUAAUGGAUUUGUUUUCUCGAGGAUGAGACAAUCGAGCACUUCUUUUGUUCAUUUCCGAGUCUGCAGAGGCAAAGGCUUAUCAUCUGGGGUUAUUGGCAGCCGGUUAUACGUACCGUAUAGGCUCAAUUGAGUCCUUCAUCAGCAAUGGCUACCUACUCAGUGUACAACAUACUGCUACAACAACAACAACUGCAGAAGCUGUCUUGGUACUGAUGAAACAAUAAGUGUUCGAUUGUUUUUUCAUGUCCGAGCCUACAAAGGCAUAUGCUUAUCAUCUGGGGAGGCAUAUUUUCCGAAUAAGAAAUCUUGCAGACAUAUCUUCAGGUGUUUUUCCAAGAUACAAAACCAAGAUAAGAAGGUUUCGGCAAGGAAGAGACGAGGUCUUACAUACGCGAUCAUGUGUGAGUAGAGGCGCAGAACCACUGCCGGGUACACACCAAGUAGGCACUUAGGUGGACAUUAAACGUUACUCCUCCGGAGAUUAACAUACAUUUCGAUGUGACGGAUAAGCUCUCUCCCUACUAUCCUCUUAUAUCUACUAUCCUCUUAACUACCUAUCUCGCCUCAAGGUCUGAUCUGGACUCUUACAUUUAUUAUUUACCUUCUCACUAUAAUUCCUAUCUCACAAUGGGUCAAACUGGCUUCCGGAAGAACUCACCUUCAUAAAACGAAAAAAAAAAAAUAAAUCGUUUCACAUAAAGAAAAUUUUCGAUAAGUAAACUUCUUUUCUUACACGUAUCAAAAUACAACGGCUGCGUUUUCUAGAUCAUGUUGUCAGAAUGAAUGCAGAAAAUCCAGCAAAGCAGUAUUUUGAAGGCAAACACGCAAACCGGGAAGACCAAAAGCCCAAUGGAAAUCAAAUGGUAGGAGACAUCUCGAAACUUGGUGUCUUAAAUUAUAAAAGGAGCGCAGAAAAUCGAUGCGCUUGGAAGGCUUUUCUGUUUUCGGCUAAUGGGACACACAUUCUGUCUUCGUUAAAGUAAACUUCUUUUGCGAAAAACGUUGAUAUGUAAAACAUGUUUCAACUAGGGUGCUCAUAAAUUUUGCUCAUAAAUUAAUUUAAUGUUAUGCUUAUACAUAUGUAUUGUGCAUAUGCCAAGGAUGCCAAGUUCAAUUUAAUAUGGGAACAUAAUUCGAACUCAAAUUAUUACCAUUUAUAAGCAGAUCUCUGUUGGUAAUUUAUGGUAUACAAUUACAUUUAUUGUAUAUCCAUCUAAGUACUUGUUUACUUAAGGCGAAACUUUAAAAAUUGUCACCUUCCCACUUCAUCGUCUGCAUCUGUCUUUGCCAAGUCAAAAAAAAAUUAUUCCUUUUUUGUGUGUGAGAAUGUAUCUAUAUUAGUGACCAGAACACAAUUGCAAUUAUUUGCAAGCCCAUGGGCUUGGUUGCGAUUAUUUUCUAGUGUGCGUACUCAGUAAAGUGCAAUAGUGUGAACUAUUUUGGUCAUCUCUGGUCUACAUGAUCUCUUUAGUAGGAGAGACACAAGAAAAUAAAUAUUGGCCCGUUAAAAGAAUAAUCGUUUGCGACUAUGCGAACACCUUGGCCAUUAAAUAGUUUUUGUUUUACAAGAAAAGAAAGGUCGUUUUACAGUAGGCGAAGCUGUAUAAGAGUUUACAAUAAACAUAGAUAGUUACGUUGAAUAAUGCUACGUUUAUGGCCGAAGUUUGAUAUGUUGAAGCAAACUGUUACACAGUAGGAAUAAAGGAAAACUUCGUAAGAAAAGUAUUUUGUUUGUCGUAAAAUUUAAUAGUCUUGUAUAUUCUCUAUUCUUUUAUAAUAGAAUAGAAUGACGCUUCUUUAUUAAUGGAUUUUGUUAAAUAAAAUUAUAUGGGAAUAACUUCAGAACUUUGAUUAUAAUCAUACCAUUAUGCCAACAGGUUUCCUUUUUAUAAUGUAAUAUCCAAAACUGCCAGCUUGAAUAUAAUUUUGUACAACAUAUUUCCCUUUUAUCUGAAAAAUUAUUUCUCAGAAAGAUACCACAAAAAUAGAGAACAUAUCUUCAAUAGUCUUGCAAAAGUUUAAAAAGGUUUUCAAAAGAUGUUUGUGAUUGUAAUCCUUAAAAAAACUAAAAUGCUUAAAAACAAUAGCCUACACUGUAUUCCUUCUUACACCCUCCAAUGUCAGUGUAAACUCCUUUUUUAUUGAAAUAUAAACUUAAAUCUAAAUGUCAUCGUUGUUGUGAGAUACAAUCAUUUUCCUAUGGUUUUUGAUUUGGGUUGCACUAUCAAAAGUGUUUCUAAUUCUUAAAUUUUAGCAAGAAUUUAUAAAAAAAACCAAUCCAAUCUUAAUGUUUACAAGUAAAUGUACUAAAAUCGACACUUCAAAACGAAAUGCAAGAAUUUUUGAAUAUAUAUUUUUGUUUAAGCAAAAAAAAAAAAUAAUAAUAAUAAAGCAGUUCAGAAAACCGAUACAAAAAAACCUCCCCAACUUCAAGGGAAAGUAGUAAAAAACAAACUGCUUGAGAUAAAAAAAAA